AUGUAUGUACGUGUCUCCCAGCAUCAGGAAUUGAUGAACGGAUGCCAUAAUUAUGGAGGUCGACUUUCAGAAGGCUACAACAGAUGCGAAAACAAUAACGGCGGAUCAAUUUCUAUCGAUCAGUGCGAGUAUGGUUCUUCGUACGCCAGAGAUUGUGGUGACGCCGAGACGAUCUCCUUCUCUUCUUCUAUUGGUACUGUAUCCAACCCGGUUAGAAAAACGGCAUCAGUAUAUCAGGGUGAAUUCUAUCUUAAAAUCGAUGUGUGGGACGACGAUGGUAGUAGAGCCGAUCUUGUUGACAAAUAUCGUAAAACCAUUACACAAACAGCAGAUGGUGUUUCGAGACGUUACUACCUUUAUGGUCAAAGGACCGCAGCGCCUUACACAACGACCAUCGUAGACGUUGUUGUGUAUUGCAAUACGAAUUACUACAAUAGCGACUGCGCCACGUACUGUGUUCCCCAAAAUUCAAAUUCAAAUGGUCACUACACAUGUCACUCAUCAACGGGGGCAAAGAUAUGUUACCCGGGUUAUUCGGGGUCAAGCUGCACAGUUGAUAUCAACGAGUGCAGUAGCAAUCCGUGUAGAAACGGGGGAACGUGUGCACAUGGUCGCUACUUGUGUAGAAGAAAUCGGUUGGUUUGUGUGUAUCCUUGUACCGUGAACAUUAAUGAGUGCGCUAGCUAUCCGUGCGCAAACGGUGGCACAUGCGUAGAUGGGGUGAAUGGCUACCAAUGUCAAUGCCGAGCAGGUUUCAACGGAGGACGAUGCCAGACUGAAAUCGACGAGUGUCUCUCGUCACCAUGCUUGAAUGGCGCCAUCUGCAAUGAUGCUGUAGCUGGAUAUACAUGUGUAUGCGCAUCCGGAUUUAGUGGCCAGUAUUGUGAAAAUGAUAUUGAUGAAUGUGGGAGCAGUCCGUGCAAGAACGAGGCCAUGUGUUCUGACCAGAUCGAUGGGUUCAACUGUAUAUGCGCCGGAGGAUAUACGGGAACGUUAUGUGAAAUGGAAAUCGAUGAAUGUGAAAGUUUUCCAUGUCAGAAUAAUGCCACGUGUUAUGAUGACGUCAAUGGGUUUAUUUGCGAUUGUGCCUAUGGUUAUUUUGGAGACUUUUGUGAUUUUAAUAUCACUGAUUGCAUUGCAUUGUGUGAGAAUAACAGUACAUGUGAGAUAGCUAACUCUACGAUGACCUGCCAUUGUGCUCCUGGCUUCAAUGGUGACCUAUGUGACAAAGAAUAUGACGAAUGCCAGAGUCAACCGUGCCAAAACGGGGCAACAUGUCAUGACGUCAUCAACGGGUUUGUCUGCUCGUGUGCACCGGGAUAUUCUGGAACAAGCUGCCAAAAAGAAGUAAAUGAAUGUGAUAGUAAUCCUUGUGUUAACGAUGCAGAAUGUGUUGAUCUCAUUGCCGAAUUUUUCUGUAACUGUACUGAGGGUUUCGAAGGGAAUUUCUGCGAAAUAGACAUCGACGAAUGCAUGUUUUCAGAAUGUGUUGGUAACUCAACAUGUACUGAUGGCAUAGGUGGAUACUAUUGUGAAUGUGAAGACGGUUAUGAUGGCAAUUUAUGCGAAUAUGAAAUAGAUGAGUGUGAAAGUUUUCCGUGUAAGAAUAAUGCCACAUGUUAUGACAUCCUUAAUGGUGUCAUCUGUGAUUGUGCAUAUGGUUUUUUUGGGGACUAUUGUAACUUUGAUAUCACCGAUUGUCCAAGAUUUUGUAAGAAUAACAGUACAUGUGAAAUAGCUAACUCCACGAUGACAUGCCUCUGUGCUCCUGGAUUCUAUGGUGAACUAUGUGACAGAGAAUAUGACGAAUGUCAAAGUCAACCGUGCCAAAACGGUGCAACAUGCAAUGACGUCGUCAAUGGGUUCGCCUGCUCAUGCGCGCCUGGAUAUUCUGGCACAAGCUGCCAAGAUGAAGUGGAUGAAUGUGAAAGUAGUCCUUGUGUGAACGACGCAGAAUGCAUUGACCUGAUCGCUGACUUUUUUUGUAACUGUACCGAAGGCUUUGAAGGUAUUUUCUGCGAAAUAGACAUCGACGAAUGCAUGUUUUCAGAAUGCCUUGGAAACUCAACAUGUAUUGAUGGCAUUGGCGGAUACUCUUGUAAAUGCGAAGCCGGAUAUGAUGGCAAUUUAUGUGAAAUUGACAUAGAUGAGUGCCAGAGUAAUCCGUGUAAAAAU